AUGACCUCGAACAUUGAACGAAAGAUAAUCAACAUACCAAACAACCCAACAGAACUCCGGAUACCCCCUGGCCGGCACCGCUUGGAAUUCACCUUUGACUCUAAACAGGACGCCGGAUACUAUGAGAUCGACCCGGCAGGCGAUCUGACGAUCAAGGUGAUCGAGUACGACUUCACCACUACCGAUGGUCGCGGCCGCCAUCAUAUCCUGAGGACCGCAUUGAUGAAGGUUUCCCGUCAGGUCUUGAUGAACAACUCCACUACCCUCAAGACGAUGCUUAGCGGACCCUUCAAGGAGGCUGGCAGCAACUUUAUUGAGCUCCAUGAAGAUACGGUUCACAGUCUUGAAUUGUGGUUCCGCGUCUUGCAUGGUAAUAUUGGCGAUGGUUCGUAUGAGAUUGAGAGAGUGGAGAUAUGGAACGCGAUCGCGCUUUCUAGAAAGUACUUCUUCCACCUUGAGGAGCUGAACCCCUGGUUUGCGACGUAUUGGUCUCGCCUUGAUAAGAAGAACCUCGAAACCGACGACCUCAAGGAGCUUCUCUAUCCCGCCCAAGCUCUCGAUCAUCCCGUCGCUUUCGCCUACAUCACCAAGACUCUUGCGCAUAUUUGUACGGGACACAUUGAGGAGGAAAACCCGAGUCGUCAUUGGCAGCUCCAUGUCGAAGGCAGGGUCAUUCAACAAAUCAACGCGGCUAAGGGCAGCAUGAGAAAGGAGAUCAUCAAGGGCCUCUUUGAUCCUCUUGAUGAGUUUUGUAAUUGUUCAGUGAAGGAGAAGUCGCUUUGGGAAUACCUUAAGGGCGUUAAGAUGACCAAGAUCUGGCCACUCCACACCAUGCACACCAGAUCCAACCACACGAUAAUCGACAGUCCCGGCUUCGUACAAUGGAAGUGUGUCAUUCCCGAAGGUGCUUGCUUGUCCUGUACAAAGAAGCUCCGUGGUGCCCACAUUGCCAAGACUCGGUCCAAGAUCCUCAACUAUUGGCAAGGAUUGUGUCUCGACUGUAUGAACAUUUCUACUCCCAGGACUGGAGAUAUUGACAAGGACUAUUGGAUGCACAGUAUGAACGAGGAUUGGGGCAAAGGUUGCCGCAUCCAGCAUCAGCGCAACACUUGGUACUUCUCCUUCAUGGGUCGGCUAUCAAUCAUGUCCUCGUUCAUGUGGGAGCAGCAGGAGAGAAAGAAGGCAGCUCAACGUUGUUAUUCUGAUUCCGAUUAGUUUGUUUCUGGUGAGCUUUUGGCCGCCGUGGAACCUAUUCAUUUUGCUUUUGUGAAAUAGGCACGGGCACGGGCUUUGACUUGACUUGUCUUGGAUGGGCGGCAUAGGCGACUGAACUCUCUUUUUUUGCCAACGAAGCUUCUGGUGGACUUUUCAAGGUUGUGGAGCC